AUGUUGAUGGUUGUUGCACAAGAUGGAAACAACAAUAUAUUUCCAGUAGCAUUCACAAUAGUGGAAGGUGAAACUGUCGCGGGUUGGAGUUUCUUUCUAAGGAAUCUCCAAGAAUAUGUUGCUUCUCAACCUGAUCUUUGUUUAAUCUCUGAUAGGCAUGCUUCCAUUGAAAGUGCCUACAACAAUCCGGCAAACGAUUGGCAUUGGCAACACCCAACAUCAACGCAUGUAUACUGUAUUCGACAUAUUGCCCAUAAUUUUGUGCGGGAGAUUAAGGAUAGGCACCUCCGGAAGACACUUGUGAAUGCAGGAUAUGCGUUAACUCAACCUACAAUCCAACAUUAUCGGAGUGAAAUUGUAUUGUCAAAUCCGGAUGCGGGAAGCUGGAUUGAUAGCCUUGCAAGGGAGAAAUGGACUAGGGCUUAUCACAACGGCGAACGCUGGGGCCACAUGACAACAAAUCUUGUGGAAUCCAUGAAUGGUGUUUUUAAGGGCAUUCGAAACCUCCUUAUUACUGCACUGGUGGAAGCACCCUACUUUAGGAUGGCUUCGCUAUUCUCAACAAGAGGUCAGAGGUGGAGUGCUGUUAGAGAAUCGGGACAACUAUUCAGCGAGAGUUGCAUGAAUUUUUUGAAAGAACAAUCAACAAAGGCAAACAGUCAUCAUGUUACUGCUUUCGAUCGAUUCAACCGCACAUUCAGUGUUAGAGAAACAAUUGACCACAAUGAAGGAUUACCUUGUCAACAAUAUAAGACUAACACCUUGCUCGAGGUAUACAAUGUCACAUUUCCAGUGAUAGCGAAGGAGGAUUACUGGCUUGAGUAUGAUGGGGAAGUAGUUUGGAAAAAUGACAUGAUGCGACGAAAGAAAAAGGGUCGCCCCAACAGUACUUGUAUUCGAACCGAAAUGGAUGUUCGUGACAAAAUGGAAAGAAAAUGUAGCAUUUGUCGUUAG